UAAUCGGGACGGACGAUCUGUGCGGACAUGUAAGGAACUUCUCGACCAGAUUCCAUUGAACCUUGUGACUAUGACUACGAUGGCGAGGUUACCGUCAGCAGUUUUUUAAUCUUAAUUGGAAGAUAGAGCAGUCCUAAUUUGCACUCGAGAAGAUCGGGUUAUCGGACGAGAAAUCGGCCUUCUCACAGAAAUGGUAAAAAUUCCGGGGACGUGAAGAAUCUCUAUAACUAAAAAAAUAUCAAAGAAUGACGGCCCCACGCCAGGAUGAAGACGAGGAUUCCCUUCGAGGGCUAUGGCUGGAACGUGGUCGUGAAAGAAGUCCAGAUCCCGAUGACUAUCCGAGGGACGAAGGAGGAGACAGAGGUCUUCCGGACCUGAGUGCACCGGCUAAAGAACGAAGUGUCUCGCCACCCGGUCAAUUUCGAGGCAGUCAACCGGGAACCCCGAAGCGAAAACAGCGCGACCGGGACGAGGAUGUGAAAUCGCCCCCGAGGCAGGUGCCACGGCUCGGCCCGGGCCCCGCGAGUCCCGAACGAAGGAAGCCUGGGCAGUCGCAGCAUGGAGGCAGCAGCUCCAGCAGCAGGGCCAAAGUCACCCUCAAAGUUCUGGCAGAGGACAGCGACAUCGAGCAAUACUAUCGACAAUUGACGCUUCUCGGGAGCGGAAUGUUCGGCAGCACGUACGAGGUCGAAGACGUGAAUAAUCCGAGGAUUCGUUUGGCGAUGAAGGUUCAGACGAAGAAGUCCAAGUGGUUCGUUCACGUAAGCGAGCCCGAGAACGAGCUGACGAGGAUCUACAAAGAGUUCAUGAUUCUGAACAGGAUCCUCCCCAAGCACAAGCACAUUAUCGAGGUCAAGGACUUGCUCGUAAGCCCCAACACCGUGUACAUCGUGCUCGAGCUCUGCACGAGCUUGAACCUCGAGAGUUUCUACCGAGUAGCGGACAAUGCCAGCGGGCGCAGAGUGUUCGGCCAGAUAGCCGACGCCCUUCGUUUUAUGCAUGAGUAUGGCGUCGUGCACUUGGACAUAAAAGGAGAUAACGUUCUCUUCGCUGACAACGAAUACCAGAAUAUUAAGGUCAUAGAUUUCGGUAUUUCCCAGUACAGGCCGGAGUGGGCCAAAAAGGUCCACAAGAAUUUCAACCCAAAAGAUUGGUUCGACGCUCAAGAACUAGAACCUGAAAACAAUUUAACACAGGUGCGUGAUAUAAAAAAUCUGGGCCAUGUCUUGCUCUGCAUCAUGUGUGGCAGGCACGUCAUGUCCAGCCACAACGUCGGUAACAUGAAGUCCAAAACCAAGCCUAGGCUGGAUAUCUUCGAUGAAAGAGCCAUGAAUCUGCUCGAGAUGAUAGGCCCUCGUCCGUUCGGACCCGAGCGAAAUGAGGACUUCCCCACCAUGGACCAGAUCCUUAACCACCCUUGGCUCACGGGAGGAAACGUAAGCCUCCAGCACAGAAGUCUGAUCGCUGAGUUCGAGCUGCUCAAAAGGGAUUUCAACGUACUGAAGGUCCUCUUAAAAGACUGGGCCAUCAUACCCCCGAAGCUAAUAGGAGACGAGGAUCAGAUUGCCAAGCACUACCAAACAACCGGCACCGUUCACAAGGGCCCCUACGAUAGCAGACUGCCGGAGUGCACGGCCGUGGGCGAUGCGUACAUGGAGCCCCGCCUCAUGAAAGUGCUGUACCGGGGAGGGGAUCCGGCGAUAUUCACAUCUCCCACCGAGUCUACGCAAGAGUCGCUGAGGGUUUUCGGUGAGUUGCUGCUCACGUUAAGAAUCCUGCCCAUGCAUGAGAACAUCGUCGAAUUCGUCGAUGUGCUCGUGCAUAAAGACUACGCGCUUCUUAUAAGAGACUUGUGGGGGACGCAUACGCUAGAGGAAUUUUUUAGGCAAGCCACGGAUCAGAAUGCGCGCCUCGUGUUCAAGCAGCUGGCAGAGACAAUUCGCUUCUUGCAUCAGUAUGGAGUGGUGCAUAUGGACCUGAGGGCAGACAAUGUUGUCUUCGAGGACGAUACGUUCUCGAAGUUCAAAAUUGUGGAUUUCACUUAUGCUCUUUACCUUCCAGGCAUGGCUCAACGCAGCAACGAUCACUUCCAAAUAGACAAAUGGUCGAACCGUGAACUCCAUCUCAUGUCUCUUACCGCUGAUCCUGAAGUAGAUAUCAGAGCCCUGGGCAGGAUUUUGCAUUCCAUGAUGGCUGGCAGCUGGCAGCGAGACCUGAGUAAGCUGAGUGCGCCUCGAGCGGAUGCUUUUGACCCAGCUGCUUCAGAUUUGCUUCUGAAGAUAGGCCCACCACCUUUCGGACCACCUGAAGGCGAGAGAGUCUUAACCAUCGACGAAGUAUGUUCCCAUCCAUGGCUUCGGCUUUCUGAGCCAGAGGGGGAUGCCGGGUAUGACGAGUAUGACGAGCCAUAUGAGGAAGAAUAUGAACCGUAUGAUGAUACUCCAUGGCAGAUACCUGAUCCAUUUUGAGAGUCCUGGUUACGUUCCUUACGGUGGUGUCGAGGAAUCUCUUCUUCGUGAAAGAUCACAUACAUUACAAUCUAUGCACCGUGAUAUAUGGAACUUUCAUGGGGUAAAACCAACACGUCAGAGCUCCAAGGAAAACUAAUACUGAAAGAGCUUCAAAUUUUGACAUUUAACCAGCACGUGGAUCUAUGUGCUCUUGAGAAAGCAGGAGGAAAGAACGUUCAGCGAGUAACUUCCAGGACGCACAUCACGAAUUCAAGCAAUGUCAGUAAGUUUUCAAAAUCAGGUGAGGUAAUCAUUGUCAUUUAUUUCUACGAUGAGUAUUUCUGGGCUUUAAUGUAGAGAGCUUUCUUUGCCUAGAUCUAGUGUGUCACCAUUUCCAACGUGAGCAGGAACAAAACGUCAGUAUCUGAAAGGUCGAAUCAUAGUGUUUUCGUAGAAAAAAAAUAAAUUUGGUACCUUUAGUAAGUACUGUGGAAAUUUCGACAUCAAUUUUCUAACGGUACGUAUGACAAUCCCAAUACUGACCACCAGAGUUUGGAAACAGUGUCAAGAACUUCUGAAAGCUCGAGGCGAUCAGUAAGUCUCCCUUUAUUUCUAAUUCCCUUGUUUGAAGGGUUAGAUCACCUGUAAACUUGUUGGAUAAAAACAUUAGGAUUAAAUUCAACAAUAAUUUCAGAAAAUAAGUUACAGAUACAAUAAUAAAACUUCUUUCAAGGUGAAAUACCUUUGAGGCUCGAAGUUAGGUAGAAGUGGUUCUAAGCGUACAUAUCAAUUUAAGAUUUGACUCUCUCAAUACAGAGAAUUGGACUACUCUUUGCGCAAUCGCACGAGGAAACCCUCUAUGUUCCUUGACAUGACGAACAUGGAUGCAGUUUCAACGAAAUGCAUAGAACAAAGCUAUCGUUCAGCAGAUAUGUUUUCAGGACAUAAGUUACUUGAUGCUUCUUCCGCCAAUUACAGUCAACAUAAGGAACGUCACUUGCAGCUGCAAGUAAAUGCAUUUUUUUGGCUUUUUGGCUUAUCCAUAGUAUUGCAGAAUUUUUACGUUCCUAAGAAAAAUCUUUAGAUUUCAGAAAAAACAUGGUCCAAGGUCCGAGAAGGAACAAGACCAGAAAGGAAUUGAUGUACGCUGUAAGAGGCCUCGUUAAAGGUCUCCUAAGAACUGAUAAGAUAUAAAAAAUUAUUCUGU